CAUUGUGUAUAAAAGGAAAACACAGUGUGUGAAACACACAUCUGUUGCCCACAGAAACAAACAGACACACUGGAAGUCAUGAAGCUGAUCGUGCUGCUCUGCUCUGUCCUGCUGCUUUCUGUCCUGGCUGUUCCAGACAGUGAUGAGACGAUGAUGUCUGCAGCACCAGAACAAGAAGCUCUUGCUGAACCCAGAGAGCCGGACUGCGAUAAGUUCGAAGGAGGAACUAUGUGCACCAAACAGUAUGAUCCAGUAUGUGGCAGUGAUGGAACCACGUACGCCACAAUAUGUGUUCUCUGCCAGAAGAACAGACAACAGAAGCAGAAUGUGAAAGUGGCAGACAUUGGACCAUGUCCUCAGUAAUCGACUGCGCUGCACAGACAUGCAAAAGGCUGCUUAAAUGCGUUCCCUUCCAAAUAAAGUUAUAUACUUCAA